AUGGCAGAGUCCAAACGAACAAUACAAGGCACAGCCCAGCAUUUUUUAGAGUGUGGCAUUGAAGACUGUGAGAGCAACUGUGAAUUUUACUGCUAUCCUUGCCACCAACAGAUGUGUAAACAAUGUACAGAUGAACAUCUGGAAAGUACAGUAACAAACCAUGAGGUUGUUCUAUACCAACCACGGAAGCGACAACUUCCAGUAAAAAAAUGUGUGAUCCACCCCACCAAAGAUAUAGAUCUUCUUUGUGAAGAAUGUAAAAUUCCUUUAUGUUCCAAGUGUGCUGCCACUCAAGGACACAAAGGUCAUGCCUUCACUGAUUUAGAGACUAUCUAUGCAGAAAAGUUUCCACUCUGUCUAGAGGAAAUUACUAAAUUGCAGGAGUAUUUUCUUCCCACAUCACAAGACAUACAGAAAGAAAUUCAUGAAGAUGCAACAGAAAUCAAGGAGAUCAUGGACAACAUAAGAACCUUCAUGAUGGCUGAAGCAGAGUCUGUUAAAAGUCUGGUGGAUAAAGUGCAAUCAGAGAACAUGAAACAACUAGACCAGAUCGAGCACUCACUGCUAGAAGAUUUAAAAAACCAAGAAAAAACAUUUAAUGAAUACAGCAUACACCUCAACAGCCUAAUUAAGGAUUUCCAUGAAUUCCUCUCCUCGCCAGAUCCAACAAAAUUAAUUUUGACACUCUCUUUGGUGGAUAUGAAAAUCCAACCAAUACCAGAAACGACAAAACCAGCAACACCAGUAUUUACUGCUGGUAAAAACAGUAAAAAGGAUGUUGCCAAAUUACUGGGGAAAAUAAGUAUUCCAGAUAUAAAGCCAAAAAUAAGAAAAUUAAAGCCAAUUCAAAUUCCAUCUAGCCUAACACCAAAGAAACCUACAGGUAAACAGUUAAAAUCUGACAGAGGGAAAUCUAAUGUAAAGCAUAAACUGUCUGUAUCAUCCUCUGCCACUAAGAUCAGGGAGUUCACUGUACCAGAUGUUGACGAUGUAUUCCAUAUGUCACUAGAUCAGUCAGGUAGACUCUGGGUCAGUGACCUAGGUGGUAAACUUGUCCAAACAGAUCUAGACGGGAAUCAGCUACAGAAGAUAGACACCAGUGGUGGAAAUGGUUACCACACAGUAACACAAGAAGGAGAUAUGAUCUUUACAGACCUGUACAGUAAAGUCAUCAACAGGAUAACACUGGAUAAAAACAUCACUGAAAUCAUUAAAACAGGAGACUGGGCACCAUUCAGCAUACACUCCUCCCACAUCAAUGGGGACAUACUGGUGGGGAUGAUGAACAGUGGGAAAGGUAAAGUGACCAGGUACAACAAGACAGGGAAAGAUCUACAGAACAUUCAGAGGGAUAACAAAGGACAGGGACUGUAUAGUAGACCACACUACAUAACAGAAAACUUUAAUGGAGAUAUCUGUACGUCAGACUUUGAUAAAAAGGCAGUAGUGGUGGUGAAUAAAUCAGGACAACACAGAUUCUCCUACACAGGUCAGGGGUCAAGGUUCUCUCCCUUUGGAAUCUGUACUGAUGUCCUUGGUCACAUACUGGUUUGUGAUGAUCACAGAGUUCACAUUCUUGAUCAAGAUGGUCAGUUUUUAUCUCUACUAAUCACACAAGGAACAGGGAUUAAUCCCAUAUGUGUAUGUGUGGAUGAUGAGAACAAUCUUUAUGUGGGACCUAAUUUUGCCACAGUUAUGAUGUACAAGUAUCUUCAGUGAUUCUUGUUCUUAAAUCUAACAAACAUGUGCAAGUCAUUAUUUACACUUAAAAUAAACAGAAUUGCGUGUAUCAUAAA